GUGGAGAGGUACAGUCAACGUUUAAUCGUACGACAAACAACAACUUGCUUCAACGCAUUUUUUUAAAAAGAACAACACAGACCUUCUAACAAACAAUCCUUCAACAUGUUCAGAUUGGUGGUGUUGUCUACUGUUCUUGCCAUUGCCGCUGCCGCUCCAGGAGCAUCCCUGGUCGCUUCGGCUGGCCCACUGGCGUACCACACGUAUGCCGCUGUCCCAACUGUCGUUGCGCAGAAGGAGAUCUCGUACCAGAAGAGCAUCAUCGAGGAACCGACCGUUACCCACGUUGGAAACAUCGAGAGGAAAAUCCCAACCGGAUACUCGCACCAGAGCUUCACCCAGUACCACAACAAGCAGGUCGCUGAGCACGUAUAUGCCCCAGCCGUGAAGAAGACCAUCGUCGAGACCCCAAUCGAGAAGACCACUUAUCACGCUGCCUCGGUUGCUACUCCGGCCAUCACCUAUGCCGCCCCAGCUGCCAUCAAGACCCACUACGUCGAAGCUGGCCCAGCUCUGACCUAUGCUGCUCCUCUGGCCAAGACCCACUACGUCGAAGCUGGCCCAGCUCUGGCCUACGCUGCUCCUCUGACCAAGAGCCACUACUACGAGACUGCUCCAGCUCUGACCUACGCCGCUGCCUACGAUGUCCCAUAUGCCAGUUCUGCCUACUACAGUGGAUACCCGGCCGUGUACGCCAAGUACUAAGUUGACUGUCAAACCAAAAUUCCUCAAAUCCGAAUUUGACUGUGGUGAUUAUUUUUUCUUUUGUUCGCUUUUUCGAGGAUUGUUUCUGUGAAAGAUGAGAAAAAUAAAAACUGGAAACUAGCUUAAAUUUA